CGAGCGCCUACGGAGCCAUGAGAGAGUACAAAGUGGUGGUGCUGGGCUCGGGCGGCGUGGGCAAGUCCGCGCUCACGGUGCAGUUCGUGACGGGCUCCUUCAUCGAGAAGUACGACCCGACCAUCGAGGACUUCUACCGCAAGGAGAUCGAAGUGGACUCGUCGCCGUCGGUGCUGGAGAUCCUGGACACGGCGGGCACCGAACAGUUCGCGUCCAUGCGGGACCUGUACAUCAAGAACGGCCAGGGCUUCAUCCUAGUCUACAGCCUGGUGAACCAGCAGAGCUUCCAGGACAUCAAGCCCAUGCGGGACCAGAUCAUCCGCGUGAAGCGGUACGAGCGCGUGCCCAUGAUCCUGGUGGGCAACAAGGUGGACCUGGAGGGCGAACGCGAGGUCUCUUACGGCGAGGGCAAGGCCCUGGCCGAGGAGUGGAGCUGCCCGUUCAUGGAGACAUCGGCCAAAAACAAAGCCUCGGUGGAUGAGCUCUUCGCCGAGAUCGUGCGGCAGAUGAACUACGCGGCUCAGCCCAACGGCGACGAGGGCUGCUGCUCGGCCUGCGUGAUCCUCUGAGGCGCCCGCGGCCGCCGGGCGCCGGCCUCGCUCUGCGCACAAAAGCCAAACGCAUCCGACUCUCUAAAUGUGAUUUCCUUUYUUGCUUUGAGAUUGGAGACGACUUUGCAUUGGCCGGGGUGUCCCGGGAGCCCGGCUGGCUUCCGGGGCCCGCAUCCCUUGCCUUCGCCCCGUGUCCGAGGGGUGCCCCGUCCUGACCAUCCGAGACCCUGGUGGAAAUGUGGCUCUUUGCAGCAUGAGUAGCUGGAAAUUUAGAUCGGGUUCCUUUCCUGCCAGCUUGGAAGGGCAACCCCUCGUGACUGGUUGUGAUUCUGAGGAUGUCUAUGCAAAGUUGGAUUCUUGUUACAUUGUAUCCAAUCUGAAGUAUUGCACAUCUGAACUGGGACUGUUAACACUGAUGCCAAUACAGUGUGGGGUGCCAGAAAGUGUCUGCUGAUAUUUGUGGAAAAAAAAAAUCUAUUUUGUUUACCUACUGUAUCAAAGGGGAGCCUUGGGAGAAUGGUAGUAUUUUUUUUUAUCAGCUGUGAAAAAAAAAUGUUACAGAUCCUGCACAUUUUUGUGUGUACUAUGGUGUGUGUGUGUUUUAAGUUUAGCUUUUUUUUUUAAAAAAAAAUUUCUUUUGGUUGGCAGCAACAGAUUUUAAUAACUAGCUUUUAAAAAUAUAAUACAAAGACUUUGUAAAUGUGAUUCAGGGCCCCCAGCACCCCUGUGUCUGCAGAGUGCCUUCAAAACUCAGCUGUUCAGCCGCUGCCAACGGUGAACUUCCCACCAGUACCAGAAUCUGCUAUUCCCCAAACCACUUACCAAUUUCCUUUCAGUAAUCUUCCUGAAGGAGCCAGGACAAUAGGGCGUGUUGUUCAGUGAAUUUAUUAUUUUCAGCCUUUAAAAUGUAAUGUCCAUGUCUUGCAAUGGGUUGUUCCCCCCCCUUUUUUUGGCUUCAUUUUGUUCAAAUUUCAGGUAUUUAGCUCCCCUUACAUAUUAUUUUUUAAAUGUUUUGAUUUUCUGUUAUAGGGUGUACCUUCAGAAGCAAGAGCAAAAUUUCACUGUUAUGAUGUAUCAAGUUCUAAUUGUAAUUUUAAUUCCACUCGUUUAAUCAUUGUCUCUUCAUUUUAAGACUUUUAAUACAAAUGUCAUUUUUAAAGAAACAAGCCCAAAAGUAUUGUUUGUGUUUCUGUGUUUCAUAUUCUGUGAUGUACAGCAUCAGUGGUAAUGCAGUAUCAUGGCUGAGGUAGGCAGGGGCAGGAAGCAGAGCUGUCAAAUUUUGAAGAUAAACGGAUGUAUUUCUGUGACAAGUUGGGUGUGACAUUCCUUCCAACUUCUUAAAUGUGGAGAAAGUCCUCAGGCCUAGGAAGCCCUGGCCAUACCUGCUGACUAAAAGAUGAGGAGGCAUCUUGGUUGUAU